UCCUUCUUUAAUCUUUAUUUUUACUUCAGUAAUUUAAUGGUACAAAAUAUAUAUCACUUUUCUUUAUGGCUCUAAUAUCCGAUAUUUUACUUUGUGGGACUCUCUUGAUAAAUGCUUGUGCUGUGCUCAAUUUUAAAUUAAAGAAGAGGGAUCCUACAGAAAAUUUUGGUGACGUCGAUGAACCAAGUUUAGUUGACAAAAGUCGCGAUUUCCUUCAAAAUAUACGAUUCUUCAGGACAUUUAUUGGUAUUUGGAAUGUAGCCAUGAUGAUAUGUAUGAUUAUCUUCUUUGGAUCAUGAUGAACAUUAAAUAAAUGACAUUUAAAGUACAUACAAGCAAAUUCUCUAAUGGUCUCAUGAUAUCAUCUUCAUCUGGGACUAGUUAAUUCUAAUUAGUGAUCUUGCCUUCAAUACACUUAGUAUGUAACAUAGAUGGUGGAUUUCUUGGGAGUUUAUAUAAAUAUUUACGGCGUAUAUUUUUCUCAUAAGGAAAUAUAUGCCUUCCACUUGACAAAUUUCUUAUUUUAACAUGGUUGUUAAAAAUUUUGUGACAUAGCGCUUUCAUAUGCUUGUAUCUUUGGGUUGCUUUGUGCCUUAAAAUUCUAGUUCAACUUCAUUAUUAUUUAAGAAUAAAACCUUAUUAUUUGUAUAUACUGCUGGGAUAGUCUGCAAUGACAAACUCCAAUGGAAGUUGAAGUCCAACAGUUGGACCUACUGCAGUCAGCCAUGUUGUCAAAUAGGAAAGGUUGUCUCUAUAACAUUGAAAAAGAAUACUAAUUCAGAUAUACCAUUUUACUUUUCACUGUCAAUGCAUGGUAAAAAUUCUCCCUCAGUAUUUCAAAAAACCUGCAAGAAAAGUACAGGAUGUUUGAAGUUUUUUUAGCAUUUCAAUCUUGAAAUUUUAAACAGUUGUGCAUAAUCUGUUUCUACCAAAGUCUUCUUUCAUUUUUGAAGUUUUGUUCAAUAAAAAUAUUAUGUAUAUAUCUUAGAAAAUGACAAUGUAUGUAGACUUAGCCGGACUCAUGAUAGUAUGUUAAUGAAAUAAAAAUUUUCUUACUUAAA